AUGAUCCAAGCGCCGGCGCUGUGGGCCAAUGACAUCAAGGGCGAAGGCAUUGUCGUGGCCAACAUCGACUCCGGUGUUCACUAUUCACACGAGUCGUUGGAGUCGAACUGGCGAAGUGAAUACGGCACUAUGAUGGGAACGAAAGGUAUUGGUGUCGCCCCCAAGGCCAAGUGGAUUGUGUGCAAAGGCUACGCCGCGCCUCAUGUUGCUGGAGCCAUCGCCUUGUACUUGUCUGCUAUCAAAGGCGCCUCGUACGACCAAGUCAUCCCCGGCCUGACGCUUCCCCCUCCAUCCAAGUCCACCCAAGUUCUGAACCCGACCAAUGAUCUAAGCACGUGUGGCACCUUGGAAGUCAACACGAAUUAUAUUGGCGGCGACUUGGCUUUGACCAAUCAGGCCACUGCAUCCUGCUGCGCUGAAUGUAAAAAGACACCGGGAUGCAAACUGUUUGUGUGGUAUACCCUCGAGGGUGGCAUGUGCCGGCUCAAAGGCACCCAAGGCCAAAAGGUGGCUGUGGACGGAGCCAAGGCUGGCGUGCUACCAGCCCCAGCCUUGGCACGACCGCCGUUGUUUUAG